GGGUGAAUUUGCGAGCUACAGGGGCUUGGGCGGGCCCACUGUGCGGUACCGUUGGGAGUGCCUCCUUUGUUGCUGUUCCACUCGUUGGCACCUCCGACUCCCGCGUGCGUAUGCGUGCCACCAAAGUGACGUACCAAACGGCUCCGCCCCCUUCGCAAGCAAACGCUCCAAGAUUUCGCCUGGCCCGCGAACCGUGCGCACGGCGUAGGCGGGAAAUCUCCCCCAAAAGUACCCAGGUUCGCCAGAGCACACUCGCUGGCCCGCUCCUGCAUUCGUAUAUAUCCUGCUGUCCCGCUGAUUAACCAAACACGCCCACCCUCCCCCUCUCACACCCAGCGCCAGUAAACAUGUCGCGACACCGAAUCAUCGCGCCCGCCGAGAUCGAGCAAAGGAUUGCCCAGGGCGAGCCAAUCGUAAUCCAUGAGGGCCAUGUCCUGCAUCUCGGAGAAUGGAUCGAUAGGCAUCCGGGCGGUCGUCUCGCCAUCCUGCACAUGGUGGGAAGAGACGCGACAGACGAGAUCAAUAUCUACCACACCAAUAAGGCACUGCUUAUGAUGACAAAGCAUCGCAUCGGUCGUGUCCAGUUGCCAUGGGCCAACAUGGACCCUCCAAUCCGCUCGCCGGACUACUACAUAAAUCUUGCGGAGAGAAAACGAUUGGCCGCGGCGCCAGAGACCGAAAAGUCACGUCGCGGGAGGAGCGUCGACCUGGGAUCCGCUGCCGCCAUCAUCAGCAAGAAGUUGAUCGGAAAGCCGGAUACUUGUGUCUACCGCUCAGGCAGCAGACCUGCAAGCGACCCUGAAAAGCUACCUCUAAUCCAAAGCGAAGAUGAGAUUGAGACGCCAGUCUUGUCUGCUGCCGAGGAGAAGAAGAGGCACAGGGAACAGUAUGCCAUCGAGCAAGAAGAGAGGGAGAUAGAAGAAGGUCUCCGCGACAACCCCUCGCUCGACGUGGAGACACAAAAGGCCAUUGUCCAAAACUACCGCGACCUACACCAACAGUUCAAAGACGAGGGCCUGUACCAAUGCCGCUACUCAGAAUAUGCCAAAGAGUCGAUCCGAUACGGUGUGCUCUUCGCCGCAUUCGGUGGCUUCCUCUACGCUAAGUGGUACAUGACUUCCGCAGUCUUCCUUGGUCUUUUCUGGCAACAAAUCAUGUUCACAGCACAUGAUGCCGGUCAUCGCGGAAUCACAGGCAACUUCGUUGCCGACACACUCAUCGGCGCAUUCAUCGCAGACUUUUGCUGCGGCCUCAGCAUCGGUUGGUGGAAGUCCAGCCACAACGUCCACCACCUCGUUACCAACAUGCCGGAGCACGAUCCGGAUAUCCAGAACAUCCCUCUGUUCUCCACCACUCCUACUUACAUCAAGUCCGUUCUAUCAUCCUUCUACAACUUCCAGUUUGUAUGGGAUGCUGCAUGCGAUGUUAUCGUCCCCUACCAGAAGUACCUGUACUACCCGAUCAUGGCCUUCGCUAGGUUCAACCUAUACUUCUUAGGCUGGUUGCAUUUGGUCUCACCCCGAGCAGAGAAACUGGGUGCAGCAUCCUGGACACGCCCCGUCGAAAUUCUCUUCAUGUGCUGCUACUGGUAUCUCUUCGGCUACCUUCUCUGCUGGGUCUAUCUUCCUACAUGGCCUAUCCGUGUCGGAUUCGUCAUCGUCUCGCACAUGGUCACCAUGGUUUUGCAUGUACAAAUCACCCUUUCUCACUGGGGCAUGCCCACAUCUGACCUUGGACCCAACGAGUCCUUCCCUCAACGCCAACUACGCACAACCAUGGACGUCGAUUGCCCGGCUUGGCUAGACUGGUUCCACGGUGGUCUGCAGUUCCAAGCUGUUCAUCACUUGUUCCCCCGUGUGCCCCGCCACAACCUCCGCCGCGGCCAAGAGCUGGUCCGCGAGUUCUCGUCCAAGACCGGCGUCAAGUACAACUGCUACGGCUUUGUCGAGGGCAACAAGGUUGUCAUCAGCCGCCUAGAGCAAAUCUCGCAGAUGGUUAAGAUCAUGGUCGAAUGCCAGAACCACAUGGCUGAGACUGGCGAGAGUGGAUUGCACUAGUACGCGCAGGCGCGGAAGCAGUAGAUCUUUGCUGGCGUGUUCACUUCAUGAUGAUGUUAGAUUUGUAGACCUUUAUCUCCUUUGUUUUGUGCAUAAUU